GGGGUGGCACCGGAUCUUGCUGUCAGGGCGUUGCUGAAGGCUGGGAUUAACUCAGCCUUCAGAGAGCCUUCAGGGGACAAAGGAAAAACUGGCCCCGUGUCCGUGACCCCCGGCAGGGGCAGGGCAAACAGGAUCAGACCCUCUCCCGUUGCCUGUCAGGCCUUGGCAUACAGCCCUGCCCACCCCCGUGUCCCCACAUGGCCUGACCCUCUGCCUCCUGCUCCCCGCACACUGCCACCCUGGGGUCCGUGUGUCUGCUCCCCUGCCCCCUCACCUGGGCACCAGGUUCAAAGGCAGGAAGGGGGCUGAGUGGGCUUCCUGGAGAAGGGGCUGGCGGCCCAGCUGGGGUCCUAGACUGCCCCUCCCGCUGCUGGCCGUGCUGCGGUGGGUGGGCUGUGCCUGUGGCCGCCAGGCUGCUGCAGGGCACAACUCGAUCUGGGGCCUGUCAUGCAGUGGGCACAGGCCCAGGUCCGGCCACCACCCCAGGGCAUCUCAGGGGCAUAAAGGCCGGAGCCACCGGGAGCAGCUCACCCAGAACCACGUCCAGCCCCACCAUGCUGCAGGUCCUGCUCACCGGCUCCAUCCUUGCCCUGCUCGGGGUGACCCCAGGCCAGGCCGAGGUUCCCAUCCAGGCCAGCUUUGAUGCCAGCCAGUUCCAGGGCGUCUGGUACGUGGUGGGGAUGGCGUCGGACGACCAGGACUUCCAGGACACGAAGGACAACAUGAAGAUGCCCGUGAUCUCGGUCACUCCCGCGGCCAACGGCGACCUGGCCCUCAAGCUCGGCUACCCCACGCCAGACGGCGGGUGCCAAAAGGUGGACACGACCUACACCAAGGGCGCCGUGGAUGGGCAGUUCAGCGAUGCGGCCAUGGCCCAGACAGACAUCAGGGUGGUGGCCACGGACUACACGCACUACGCGGUGAUGUACGUGGAGGCGCAGAAAGCAGGUGCCAGGACCGUGUGGCUGCAGCUCUACGGCCGAACUCCAGAGAUGUUUCCGGAAGGCGCCCAGAAGAUGCAGCAGCUGGCCCCCCAAGUGGGCCUGAACCCCAGCCAGGGCGCCAUGCUGCCCAAGACGGACCAGUGUGCCGGCACCAUUUCCAAGUGAGCGCCCAGCGCAGGACACCGGACCACCAGCUGCAGCGCGGGGAGACGCCUCCUCCCAGCCCUGGCCCCAGCACAAUAAACAAGCUGAAAGCGUU